AUGAAAAAGUUUGAGACGAGCGCCUUAUGUAAAACUUCGCCAAGGGCCUUUGAGCACCUGGAUAUUGAGGACUGCGAGGAUCUCCUUGAUGGCUUACGAGAGGUGGUCCACGACGACUACGGGAUGCCCGUUUCCACAUUCAUGUCUUCCUCUACACCCUCAAAGCCCGCAGACCGACCCAGUGUGGUCAAAUCACCACCUGUCUCAGACAGACCUCCAGCGACUACUUGGGUAUCCGAUACCGUAGCCGACGUGCGAGACCGGCGAAACAUGCUCGGAUGGACGCAUCUGCUCUUCUUAAAAGGCUUGGACCAAGAGGAGAAGGACGAUAUCCUUGGGCGGACAGCCGUGCACGAUCCUGAGGUUGCAAAAAUGAUUGAAGAGGCAAAAAAAGCACAUGCUGAGGAGGUCCUCUUUUUUUCUUAUCGGGAAGUGGGCAAGCCGACAAAAGGGAUUAAUGCAAUCAUCGAAAAAAUACUCUUGUAUAUCAACAACAGCGCUUCUUCUGGAACCUACAAAAACACCGCCUCUGCGAUUAUCGGCACCGGUUCUGAUACUCUAUCGUUCGGUGGCGAAAUCGGGAAAUAUGUUCUGCAAGGUCCUCUUCCUUAUUGCGACACGUUAGAGCGAUUACUUGAAUAUCCGGAUAUCGCGGAUUAUGGAAAUCUGAUUGAAGAAAUAUGA